AUGAUGUAUGGAUCGGAAAGUUGGGUAUCACUGGACAAGCAUAUGAGCAGGGUAACAGCGGCAGAGAUGAGGUACCUGAGGAGAAUUGUAGGCAAGAGUAGGAGGGACCGAGUACGGAAUGAGACAGUCAGAGGGGAGCUGGGAGUGAAGCCUGCAAGAGAUAAAAUAGAGGAAAAACAGCUCAGAUGGCUAGGGCACGCAGGAAGAGCAGGGGAGGAAAGCCAAAUUAAGAAAUUUUUCGAGGCCAAACCUGAAGGGAGAAGGCCCAGAGGCAGACCUAGAGUGGGCUAUAAGGAAUAUAUGGAGAGACUGGGUAUGGCAAGGGGAAAGCGAUGGCAGGAAAUGAGGAAUAUGUGGGAGGACCGAGUGGUGUGGAGGAGAUGGACCGAGGCUUAA